UAACCCAUUGCAACCAGCCUGUGAUCAGCUCACAAAGAGGCUGUUUUAUUUUUUUCAAUCCGUUAAUACAGCUGUAUUGAAUAUUGCAGCUUCGGUUGAACUCUUCACCUUUGCUUUCCUUUGCAAUAUGCUAAUUCUGCUUCCUGUACGCAGUAAGUUUAAACCUCGGUGCAUUGAUCACUCAUCUGUCACUUUUUGCAUCAGCUUAGGCUCCCUGCCCAACAUUGCUAGAGCCCUGCAUGCAGCGUUGCCCCUACCUUAGCACCUAGUUGCUGGUCUGCUGCACUUUUGAUUUAACCUUGAAGCUAUGCUCCUCCAUGCGCUGCUGAAUGCUCUACAGUACACGGAGGCUUUGUGUCAUGCCUGCCCUUCCUUUGUCCCUGUCCCCAACCCUUUAAAAGUCAAUAUUGCUUCCCCAAGAAGGCCCUUCUACAACCUCAUACUCUGUCUCAGUCCAUUUUGAUCAGACGGUACUAGGGCUGAACGAUCUAUCGUUUUGGACCGAAAAUCGCGAUCUCAGACAACACGAUUUUGGGAUCGUCAAAGCUGCGGUUUUUGCUUGGUGCAUAUUAAUAAUUAUGCAGUCCUCGUGCUGCGUUCUCUAGCUUGCAGAACUAGAUAGCUAGCUUACAAUUUGUCGUCUAAUAAAUAAAGUUGAUGAACUCAAGCGAGGCAAGAAGUGUUGGUUUUUCUUCCGUUUACUUUGUUCACCAAGCAAGUAUUUAUACAGGACAUUCGUUUUUGUAAAACUGAAAACAAACAGAAACAAAGGAUACAUAAAUUUCACGAAGAUAAUAGCAUGAUACCACGAGAGCUAGCAUAGCUAAGUGACAUUAUCAUAGAGCAUGUAGAAACUAAUAUUCAUCGUAUAUUCCUAAUUAUUUACAUGGCAUUGAAUGUACUAACAAAUGAUAGACACUUACAGACUAAUAAUGUCCAAAGCUCACGCGUGAAAAGGUAGCUCUUCGAGGAGGAAUUUCGGCAGUGGCUGAAUCCGUGUGCUCUUCUAACUGAGGUCAACUCGUCAAUGAAAAAGAAACUAAACCUGCGUGACUUUGUAAAUAAUACUGUCCACUAGGUGGCAGUAUUUCCCCACAUAUAAAACCCAAAGCUACCAAAAGCUUAUGGAGGGCAGAACAAUAAUAAUAAUUUCGUCAAUAAUUUCACAUGAAUGCCCAAGGCUCUGUGUCAGCUACUGAUCAGAAAGCUGCAGGCUGCGCGUGACCAGAUCACGUGUUCGCCACCCAAGUCAGUGUGUAGCUCGUCAUUCAAUUUCAAGCAUGGCUGAAGCAGGAGCAGAAGCGGAGCCGACGAAAUUAAUAGCAAAGAAAAACAGCACGUCGGUCAUUUGGCAGUAUUUUGGAUUUGAGGCCAGUGAUGAACACCAGAAACAGGUGUUGUGCCAAACAUGUCGUGUAAAAGUGGCUACAUCGGGUGGCAAUACCACCAAUUUACAUCGCCACUUGAGAAUUCACCACCUGAACUUGUAUGAUGAGUGCAUGGCGAAAAAGAACUGUGAAACAUCAAGCAGCAGCGAUACUUCGGCAAAACAGCCAACAAUAACAUCAUUGUUCGCCAGUGUGACGCCUUAUGAAAGAACUAGCCGAAGACACAAGGAGAUUACCACUGCCCGACUUACAUAUCGAAGGACAUGGUGUCUGUAAACACCGUGACCAAAGACGCAUUUAAACGUUUGCUACGCACAAUGGAUAAGAGGUAUGUUCUGCCCUCCCGCACAUACUUCAAUCAAGUUGCCAUCCCACAGCUCUACGCAGAAUGUAAUGCCAAAGUUGUAAAUGAGCUGGAAAACACGGAGUUUUAUGCGUCAACUACUGAUCUGUGGUCAAGCAGAACGACCGAGCCCUACAUGAGUUUGACCGUGCAUUUCGUCAACGCCAACUUCGAGUUGUGUAGCCGCUGCCUGCAGACAGCAUACUUCCCCACUGACCAUACCGGGGAGAAUAUUGCCAUGGGGCUGAAGGAGUGCUUGGCCAACUGGGGUCUAAAAGAAGAGGCCCAGACGUGCAUAACAACAGACAACGCUUCAAAUAUGGUCAAAGCAAUGGGACUUAACCAAUGGACCAGACUGCAGUGCUUUGGACACAGGCUGCAUCUUGCAAUUGAAAAUGCUGUCAAAGAUGAGCAAAGAAUCAAACGGGCCACAGGACUUUGCAAGCAGCUGGUUGCGGUCUUCACUCACAGCUGGAAGAAGAAGGCGGCACUAAAACAGGCACAGCAAGACUUGAACCUACCUCAACAGUCACUGGUCACUGAAUGUCCGACACGAUGGGGCUCCGGGCAGAAAAUGAUUGGGAGGGUGUUGGAGCAGAGCAAGGCACUGUGCCAGGUUCUGUCUGAAGACAGGAAGACGCGGCACCUGGUCCCCACUUGGCAAGACACAGAUGUCCUUGAAUCUGUAAACAAUGCCCUCGGUCCUCCUCAGGAGUUCAAAGACGCCCUCUCAGGUGAGGACUACGUAAGCGUGUCAUACCUGAAGCCAGUGCUCCAUCUCCUCAGAACAGCAACGCUUGCUGAAACUGACCAGGACACGAAUCUCACCAAGGAGAUCAAAUCAAGAGCUCUCCACUACAUUGAAGAGAAAUACAGCGACCCAGUGACACAGGAGCUCUUGGACAUCACAUCCUUCCUUGAUCCAAGAUUCAAGAAGAGCUACAUAAGUGAAGAGAAUGUCCCAUACAUCAAAGACAGAGUGAAGAUGGAAAUGGAACAGGUGGCACAAAAGUUGUGUGUCACAACCCAUCCCAUGCCCCUGAGUGCAGAAGAAGAACCACCAUCCACCUCUACAAAGCGAAAGCGGUCACUGGGCAGCUUUUUCAAGACCAAGGCGGUCCCUGCUUCCUCUACUGUGCAGUUGGAGGAUACCAUUAAAGCAGAACUGGACAACUACCUCAUAACUCCUACCAUUGAUGGAGAGCAAGAUCCACUGGCCUGGUGGAGAGUGCACAAUGUCAACUUCCCAUGGCUUAGCAAGUUGGCUCGUAAGUACCUUUGCAUACCAGCAACGAGUGCACCAUCAGAGAGACUGUUCAGUGCCAGUGGCAAUAUUGUCACAUGUCAGCGUGCAAGUCUGAAGCCAGCAAAGGUUGACAUGUUGGUUUUCUUGGCCAAAAAUCUGGGGAAGGGGAAGAUUUAUUGAUUUUUGUUGUUGUUCUUCUGCACCUUACCCUGACAUGUCUUUGUUCCAUUAAAAAAGGUGUUCACUCUUUUUUACUUAUCUUUUGUUUACCGACUAGAUGUUAAAUAAUUUAACCAGUUGGACAUCUUUUGUUGAUGAGGAAACUGUAGGGUCAUUUAAACUUUUUUAAUUAUUAUUAUUUAUUUUUACUACCUUUACAUUUCACUUCCUCUUGCCACUUUAUUUGAAGAAGAAGCACAGGUUUCUGAAUACACGGGUUGAAUAUCUGUAACUGCUGCUGAUGUUGAGGUUCAUAAGCUAGCUCCUUUGAGCCAUUUUGCACUACUUUUAAGGUAAGACUUCUUUUUUUUGCUCCACUUUGUUGUUACACUGAAACUUGUUUCAAUAAAAAAAAUCGUGGUUGAAAUCGAAAUCGCAAUCUCUGCCAGAAAAAUCGCAAUUUCAAUUUUUUCUUAAAAUCGUUCAG